AUCUGAUUCAUUACACAAAUAUGAAAAUGGUGUUGAUCAGAAAGAGUUGGAUGCUGCUGAUGAUUACGAGUUUAUUAUUACAAAGUAGUAAUGGUUGUUUGAAGCAUGAGAAAAUUGCCCUUUUGCAACUCAAGUCUUCCUUCAAACAUUCUGAUAAUAGCCCCAUGGCGGCUUGGGGAAGUGUUGAUAAUUGUUGUAAUUGGACAAGGGUCGAAUGCAAUCAUAAUACUGGGGAAGUUCAUGAACUCCAUCUUUACUCCUUACAAGAUUCUAAUUCAGAAGAGUGGUAUCUAAAUGCUUCUUUAUUUCUUCCCUUUCAUAAAUUGAAAGUUCUCGAUUUAGGUUCCAACAACAUAGCUGGAUGGAUCAAGAAUGAAGGUGAUGAAGAAUUGCUGAAGUUGAGGAAUCUGGAGCACCUUAGCUUAAGAGGAAAUCUCUUUAAUAACAGUAUUCUAUCAUUCCUCAAAGGGCUCUCAUCUCUCAAAAGUCUGGACGUAAGAAGCAAUCAAUUCCAAGGACCAUUCAAUUUCAAAGAACUACGAACCUUAAAAAGCUUAGAGGAGCUGGACUUGAGUGGAAAUAACAACAUUACAAAAUUUGUGGACUCACCAGGUGCGCUUACAAUCUUGAUUAAUAUGUGUUUUGGUAAUUAUUGA